AUCUUUGAUACUACUUGAGACCAUGGGAGCAGCACUGGCAAGAGCAGCUCAGUGGACGGCUGCUGGUUCUGGAACUGGCACGCUCGAAAUCACCCCUUUGAACGAAUCUCUUUUAAAUCAAAUUAUCAAGUUUGUGGAGGACUUCAGCACUAGACAUCCUCAGGAAGCGGCAUUUGUCUUCAGAGAGCCCCUUGAAUGGAAAACGCAGUUGGGCUGUUCAGUAUUUGGAGAGGAUUAUGAGAUCAAUGAAGCAACUGUUCAGUCUGAAGCCAAAGGUAAAGAUGGCCAACCAUUGCUUCUCUUCACGGCAUCAACUAUCAGAGUUCGCAGUUUUGACCAGCUAUCCCGUUUCCUACAAAUUGCUAUGGAAAGAAGGUUAAAGGAAGCACAGGCCUGCCUUGAAGCUAACAGAGAUCCUAUAGUGAAAAUUCUUGGUCCUGAAUAUGGGACUGUUGAAGGAGAAGAUAUGUCCAUGUUGCAUUUACUUGAUAAAUUGAAAAAAGUUGAUGAUCCUGAAACAGAGGUGAAAGUGAAAAUCUUUCUUCUUCUUCAUCAGCUGGAUUUGCAACUGCUUAAUAGUUCUUUGAAACAGAUUUCACAAGACAUAAGACUAAAUCCAGCUGCUAUAAAUAAUGAAGUGAAUCUUCUCAAGAGUUUCUCUGGGAAAGGAGAAGAUACAGUACUGGAAUCAGUGGAAUAUACAUCAGAUUACCUGUUCUCUAAUGGAUGCCGAGCUCCUCCCUGGAGACAAGUACAUGGAGAAAUUUGCUAUUUAUUCAUCAAACCACAUGACACUGAUCCUUUGUCUAUAACUUGCAGCACAGCAGGAGUGUUUUUAAAUGGAGGUCAGAUAAAGGAUAAAGAUGACAUUGACUAUGACAGAAAAAGUGAUGUAUAUAGAGAUAUUGUCACACUUUUAAGGGAGAGAUCACCUAGAUUUGUAGAAAAUAUGGCUAAACAGACAUAUGACAAUACAUUAAUGUUUUUAGACAUAGUUACUGGUUUAACAUAUUUUCAGAGUGAUUUGGCUUCAUUUCAUGGUGAUGAAAGUAAAACGUCAGGCAGGUUUGAAGAAGUUAGUGAAAGCUCUUCAGAGACUGAGGAAGAUGAAGAACAGCCUGUACGUCAUCAGGAAGGAAACACUGAUUUGCCAUCAGAAUACUGGGAAAUUCAGAAACUUGCAAAAUAUUUAAAGGGAGGUAAUCCAACAGCUACUGUAAUCGCAUUGUGUUCAAUGAGAGAUUAUCUGACUCAAGAAGCUUGUCAGCUGGCCAUCAGAGACCUUGGAUGUCUUGAAGUGUUAAUUAAUUUACUUGAUACGGAAGAAAUUAAAUGUCAGAUUGGUUCUUUAAAAAUCCUGAAGGAAAUUAGUCAAAAUACACUGAUCAGACAUGCAAUUGCAGAUCUUGAGGGCUUACAAAUGAUGGUGAACAUACUGGACUCUCCAGAUAAAGAUUUAAAAUGUUUGGCAGCUGAAACCAUUGCUAACGUUGCUCGGUUUAAACAAGCACGCAGGACAGUACGGCAGCAUGGAGGAAUCAAGAAAUUGGUUGGGCUGUUGGAAUGUGUUUCAGUGGGAUCAGCCAGUUUAACACUAUACCAAGCAAAAGAUGCUGAAAUAGCACGCUGUGGAGCUUUGGCACUCUGGAGCUGCAGCAAAAGCACCAAAAAUAAAGAAGCAAUCCGUAAAGCUGGUGGCAUUCCAUUAUUAGCUAGAUGGCUCAAAUGUUCACAAGCAAACAUCUUGACUCCAGUAGUGGGAACGCUACAAGAAUGUGCCUCAGAACCAAGUUACAGACUUGCAAUAAGGACAGAAGGAAUGAUUGAGAACCUAGUGAAAAAUCUGAGCAGUGAACAUGAGGAACUUCAGAUGCAUAGUGCAAGUGCCAUAUUUAAGUGUGCAGAAGAUAAAGAAACACGUGACCUGGUUAGACAGUAUGGAGGUCUACAACCACUAUCUGUUCUGCUCGGUAACUCUGAAAACAAACAACUUUUAGCAGCUGUGACAGGAGCAAUCUGGAAAUGCGCCAUCAGUGGAGAAAAUGUGUCAAAAUUUCGGGAAUAUAAAGUCGUAGAAGCUUUGGUAGGACUGCUUACUGACCAGCCUGAAGAAGUUCUUGUAAAUGUUGUCGGAGCACUGGGAGAAUGUUGCCAAGAGCCAAGAAAUCGAUCUAUUAUCCGUAAAUGUGGUGGAAUACCACCUCUAGUGAAGUUACUUACUGGAACUGAUCAGGCACUACUUGUGAAUGUCACCAAAGCAGUAGGAGCUUGUGCAACAGAACCUGAAAAUAUGAUGAUAAUUGACCAUCUAGAUGGAGUUCGUUUGUUAUGGUCAUUGUUGAAAAAUCCUAAUCCAGAUGUUCAAGCAAGUGCAGCUUGGGCUAUUUGUCCUUGCGUUGAAAGUGCUAAG